UUUUUGCUUCAUUUAAAAGUAUCCGAUGUUUGUAAUACGAUGAUUGUAGAAAUUGUUCUAGUGAAUUACUGUCUAUGGAGAAAUUGAAGGUUUAACCUAGAGUAUAAUUCCUAAAUUUUAGUUUGUAUAUUUGUUUUGUUGUGAGAUGGUUUUGUACACUAAGAAAUCAUCUGCAGAAUGGUUCAUAGACCAGCUGAACGUGGAAAAUGCAAAACUGUGCGCUUUUGUACUUGUAAUAGGGUUUAUUGGAUAUCACGGCAUUUUACACCUUCGGUAUGGUCCAGACUCCUGCACUUGGCUUCUCUCUUCAGGGCGGUACAAAGGAGACCAUGAAUGGCAGCCUUAUGGCUGUAUGCUACACAGAUACUCAAAAACAGACGCACGUCGCUGCCUUCGAUAUCUCGCUUUUUGGGGGAAAUACAACAGCUUUGCCUUCAUCGGAGACUCCAGAGUGGAACAGCUGUAUGAAUACUUUAUAGGUGUCCUAAAAACCCGCCUAGACAUGGACUCGUCUUACUCGACAGUAGAUCAUCACAGCCCGAACUACACCUAUAUAGACCACAAGUUACGUCUGUCAGUUACUUUUAUAUGGUGCAAUGACGUUUCCAAGACCAUGGUAGACCAUUUUCGAUCUUGGCAGCGAUCAGACAAACCACCGUCAGUAAUUGUGGCCAGCAUUGGUUUGCAACUGUUACUUUCUAGAAAUACAACAGACUUAGCAUUAGAGGAAUAUAAAAGGAAUCUAACGCAACUAGUGCAGCCCAUAGACUUCGUGACGUCACGAGGCACUCAAGUGUUGUGGAAGCUUCUGGAACCAGUCGACUCAGGCAAAAUGAAGGGCAAGAAGAUCAGUAAUAAUGAUAUUGAUGCAUAUAAUAGAGCUUCUAUUGAGAUCCUGAGCCACAGCGCGGCGCGGCUGUGGUCGGCGCCGCGCCUGGUGGCGGCGGGGUCGCUGGCGCCCGACGGCGCGCGCCUGGGCGAGCGCGCGCUGCGCCACUGCGCGCAGAUCCUCUUCAACAUGUUCUGCAACGACCACAUGAACUUCCACGACGGCUCCUGCUGCGCCGCGCCCGAGCCGCACACGCGGCUGCAGCUCGUCACGCAGGCGCUCUUCCUGCUCUGCGCAGUGCUCGCUGGAGUUCGAGGGCUUUGGCGCGGCUCCCAAACCAUAAAACAACGAAUGGGGGGUUACACCCUCGUCCAUCAACCCAGGCCCCCCGAGCCCUCCCCCCUCUCGGCUCUGGCGAAGCUGGGCAUGAUCAUGGCGUACUUCUAUCUGUGUGAUCGAACAAAUUUCUUUAUGAAAGAGAAUAAAUAUUAUUCAGAAUGGAGUUUCUGGUUGCCGGUCGGGUAUAUUUUUGCUCUGGGAUUGUUUUUCACUGAGGACUCUAAACCUAGUAGAGUUCUCCACCGCGAGCAAACCAACGAGUGGAAGGGCUGGAUGCAACUAGUGAUAUUGGUGUAUCAAGUGACAGGAGCCAGCAAAGUGCUCCCAAUAUACAUGCUAGUCCGGGCGUUAGUGUCCGCGUACCUGUUCCUGACCGGUUACGGCCAUUUCUGCUACACUUGGAAAACCGGGGACACGGGUCUAGUCAGAUACUUUCGAGUCAUAUUUAGACUUAAUUUUCUGACCGUCGUCUUGUGUUUGACGAUGAAUCGACCGUACCAGUUCUACAGUUUCAUACCUUUGGUAUCGUUUUGGUAUACAUUGAUGUUCGUGAUUUUCGCCCUGCCACCGCACAUAACGCAAUCGUCGACGCACACUCUGGAAUCGAAGCCAUACCAGUAUCUGUACAUGGCUCUCAAGGUCAUUGGUCUGCUGACCAUCGUAACUAUCCUGUACAUGAGCGAGGUGUUCUUUCAGAAGAUUUUUGUCACGAGGCCGUGGAAGGCGCUGUUUGUGAACGCCGACGAUGAUAUCCACCAGUGGUGGUUGCAAUGGAAACAGGAUAGGUAA